AUGUAUGAAUUUGGUAUUCAGAAUGGAAGAAUAUGCCAUGUUUAUUGGGAUCAUAUUGUUGAUUUACCUGAGGAAGUUGAAGUGGUAGACGUUGUAGAUGAUGAGCCAUGUCCAACUACAAAUACCGUUGAACAAUGUAUACCACAAGAAACCCCAAGAAGAAGAAGUAAGAUGGCAAUCCACAAAAAGCCUACCUCGAAAAAGUUAUACGUUAAGACGGCCAAUAAGGAAAACAAAAUCAACCAAAGUUGCAAUGAAACUCAGAACCCAGCAUAUCCCAAUCCUUCUCCUACAACCCAACCAAUGUCACAUUCUGAAAUCCCAAACGUCAACCGAAACACGACCCAGCAGCAAAGUGAAGCAGAAGUCCCACCUCCUAAUAAUUCACAGCAAGAAGAUGAUGAUAUUGACUCCGACCCUGACUACUAUCAGUAUGAAUCUGAAGAUUUACACAAUCCAAUGUCAUCCGAUUGUGAGGAUGAUUAUGAUAGUGAACAAGGUGUGUGGCCUCAGGGAAAUCCAACAGCACCAUUUGGCCAAGUUCAUCUGGAGCUUGGGAUGGAGUUUGCUACCAUGGAUGAGUUUAAGAGAUCCGUGAGGAAGUACAAUAUUCAAAUAGGAAGAAGCAUCAAGCUCAGUAGGGUUGAGCCAACCAAAUGUAAGGCAAUUUGUUGGGAUGAGAAUUGUCCCUGGAACAUUUACUGCUCUAGGUCAAACGAGCCAAGGAGUUAUCAGGUGAAGACAUUUGUGGAUCAGCACGUCUGUGCUAGAAGACAUAAUAAUAAAUCUGCAGAUAGGGUGUGGGUUACUGAGAUGCUAGAAGAAAAAAUUAAAGACCAAAGGGAAAUCACUUGUGCGGAGGCCGAAACUUGGUUUAAAAAAGAGUUUAAUGUAGCAAUUAAUUAUAAGAAGAUCCAGAGAGCCAUGAAAAAGGCAAGGAAAAAUAUAGAAGGAUUGGAGAGAGAACAAUAUGCUGAGUUGAGAGACUAUCUUAACCAAAUACUACUGUCAAAUCCAGGCUCAACAGUGCACUUGGAUACCACCCCAAUGCCUGACUCGUUGCCAUUGUUCAAGAGAGUCUACAUUUCUUUUGAGGCAUGUAAGAAGGGUUUUGUCUUAGGGUGUAGACCUUUCAUUGGCCUUGAUAGCACAUUCUUAAAGGGCUUCUAUGGAGGACAGCUACUCACUGCAAUAGGUCAAUAUGCGAACAACCAGAUUUUCCCAAUUGCUUAUGCCGUGGUGGAUUUAGAAACUAGAGAUAACUGGAAAUGGUUCUUGGAGCAUUUACAUAAUGACUUGGGCAACUACAAGGUUCAUGAUUUGAACUUCAUUAGUGACCAACAAAAGGGUUUGAUUCCGGCUAUGCAACAAGUUAUGCCUGGAGUUCAUCAUUGCUUCUGUGCUAUGCAUAUUUGGAAUAAUUUCACAAACAGAUGGAAGGACAAACAACUCAAAGGGGCAGCGUGGGAGUGUUGUCGAGCCACUACAACUCAAGAAUUUGAUGCUGCAAUAUUGAGGCUGCAACGGAUCAAUACUGGAGCAUGGGAGUAUCUGAACAAGCUUGAUCUGAAGCAGUAG